CGACACCGUCAGAAUUUUAAUCAAGCUCAAAUAGCCCGAGUAGCCGCCACCCGCAGAAUGCAGCAGGCGCAGGCCAAACAACGGACUCAUUCGUAUUGAGGCCAGGACUUAGGAUACACGCACAAAUGGCGUCAUUUGUAUGCAAAGCAAAGCCAACAACAACAACAACAACAAUCGACAAAAAGUAGCUCAAAUAACAAAGAAAAUGCAGCGCAGCGGUUAAGCCUAUGCCAUAGUACAGCAGCAACAAAAAGCGAAACAACAAUAACAAAAGGAAAACCCAAAUAAAACGUGCAGAAAUUUCAACUUGAAACCAAAACAGCAAAAAUUCAACGCACCAGCUACAAAAUGAUGAGCGCAGGAGGCACCUACAUAUCAACCGCCAGCGUUGAGGUGCCACAGGCGUUGCAAGAUGGCGAAAAGUUUAUCAAAUGGGAUGAUGACUCUGGGAGUGGAACGCCAGUUACAAUGCGUGUGGAUGCCAAGGGUUUCUAUUUGCAUUGGGUGGAUCAGAAUAAUGAGCUCGACAUACUGGAUAUAGCCACCAUACGCGAUGUGCGCACUGGACAAUAUGCCAAGAAGCCAAAGGAUAUGAAGCUGCGUCAGAUUGUUACGCUGGGGCAGCAGGACACGCUGGAGGAGAAAACUGUUACCAUUUGCCAUGGCUCCGAUUUUGUUAACAUGACUUUUGUGAAUUUUUGCUGCACCAAACGCGACAUUGCACAGAUCUGGUCGGAUGGUCUCAUCAAGCUCGCCUACAGUCUCAGCCAGCUGAAUGGCUCGGCCAUAAUGUUUCUGCAAAAGGCGCACACUCGCCUCUGCCUGCAGGUGGACAAGACCGGACGCAUACCCGUUAAAAACAUCAUAAAACUUUUUGCGCAAAAUAAAGAGGAUCGCAAACGUGUCGAGAAGGCGCUGGACGUGACCGGCCUGCCCUCGGGCAAGGUGGACAGCAUAUCGGUGUCGAAAUUUCAAUUCGAAGACUUUUACAAUCUUUACAAAUAUUUAACGCAGCGCAGCGAGGUCGAGCGACUGUUUGACAGCAUCGUGGGCAACUCCAAACGCAAAUGCAUGUCCAUAGCGCAGCUGGUGGAGUUUUUGAAUCGCACACAACGCGAUCCGCGCCUGAACGAGAUUCUAUAUCCAUAUGCGAAUCCAGCGCGUGCCAAGGAGCUGAUACAACAAUACGAGCCCAACAAGUUUAAUGCACAAAAGGGACAACUCAGCUCGGAUGGCUUUCUAAGAUAUUUAAUGGGUGAUGACAAUCCCAUAAUGGCGCCCAAUAAAUUGGAUCUGUGCGACGACAUGGAUCAGCCGCUGUCGCACUACUUUAUCAACUCAUCGCAUAAUACUUACCUAACGGGACAUCAAUUGACGGGCAAGUCCUCGGUGGAGAUAUACAGGCAAUGCUUGUUGGCUGGCUGCAGAUGCGUUGAGCUGGACUUUUGGAACGGCCGCACCGAGGAGCCCGUCAUUGUGCAUGGCUACACCUUUGUGCCCGAGAUCUUUGCCAAGGACGUGCUCGAGGCCAUAGCGGAGAGCGCAUUCAAAACAUCCGAAUUCCCUGUGAUAUUGAGCUUCGAAAAUCACUGCAAUCCCAGGCAGCAGGCUAAGAUAGCAAACUAUUGCCGUGAAAUCUUUGGCGAUAUGCUGCUGGACAAGCCGCUGGACUCGCAUCCGCUGGAGCCGAACAUGGAUUUGCCGCCGCCUUCGCUGCUGCGUCGCAAGAUUAUCAUUAAGAACAAGAAGAAGCAUCAUCAUCAUCACCAUCAUCAUCAUAAGAAGCCCACAGCUGGGGCACAGGGUACACCAGCUGGCAGCAAUAAGCUAACAACAGCCAAUUCAGUUGAUGCUGCAGCCAAAGCUGCCAAUGCGGCCGCAGCAGCUGCCAAUGCGCAACAAGUGGCACAAGAUGAGGCAGCAGCGGCAGCAGCAGCUGGUGGCAGAACAGGAGGAGCAGGUGGCGCCGCCAAUGGAGACAUUGCCAGCGGGUUGGGUGCGGCGGCGGCGGCGGCGGCCACAGGACAUGCGCCACCAUUGCAACAAAUACGCCAAAGCUCAAAGGACAGCACUGGCUCCUCGGACUCGGAAAGCUCCAGCGAUGAUGAAUCCCUGCCCAAUACCACGCCCAGUCUUCCAAGCGGCAACGAGCCGCCACCAGAGAAGGCACAAAAGGAAACUGAAGCAGGUGCAGAGAUCUCAGCGCUGGUCAACUAUGUGCAGCCCAUACACUUUAGCUCCUUUGAGAAUGCAGAGAAGAAGAAUCGCUGCUAUGAAAUGAGCUCGUUCGAUGAGAAGCAGGCGACCACGCUGCUCAAGGAGCGUCCCAUUGAGUUUGUCAACUACAACAAGCAUCAGCUGUCGCGCGUUUAUCCCGCCGGCACUCGCUUCGACAGCUCCAACUUUAUGCCGCAGCUCUUCUGGAACGCCGGCUGCCAGCUGGUGGCCUUGAACUUCCAAACUCUCGAUCUGGCCAUGCAACUCAAUCUGGGCAUCUUCGAGUACAAUGCACGCUCGGGCUAUUUGCUUAAGCCGGAGUUUAUGCGACGCUCCGACAGACGUCUGGAUCCAUUUGCCGAGAGCACUGUCGAUGGCAUCAUAGCGGGCACAGUAUCGAUCACCGUGCUCUCCGGACAAUUUUUAACGGACAAGCGUGUAAAUACAUUUGUCGAGGUGGACAUGUAUGGACUGCCUGCGGAUACGGUGCGCAAGAAGUUCCGCACCAAGACGGUGCGCGACAAUGGCAUGAAUCCCGUUUACGAUGAGGAACCCUUUGUAUUCAAGAAGGUGGUGUUACCCGAGCUGGCCAGCAUACGCAUAGCUGCCUAUGAGGAGGGCGGCAAACUCAUUGGACAUCGCGUGCUGCCUGUUAUUGGACUCUGUCCUGGCUAUCGUCACGUCAAUCUGCGCUCCGAAGUGGGUCAACCCAUAGGCCUGUCCUCGCUCUUUCUCUGCGUCGUCGUCAAGGACUAUGUGCCCGACGAUUUAUCCAACUUUGCGGAGGCUUUAGCUAAUCCCAUCAAAUAUCAAAGCGAGCUGGAGAAGCGCGACGUUCAGCUCUCCGUGCUGACGGACGAUACAGAGAAUGCAGCAGCUGAUGAGGAAAUGUCCAAGUCGUUCGUUUUCGUUCAAGUAGGUGGCCAGAAGAAGGAGCUGCGUCCCGUGGAGUCCUUAGCCACCUCACCCAAGCAUCGCGCCAGCAUCUCCACAGUUGCCGCCUUCAGUGUGGAACUUCCCGCCGAUCGUCUCGAUGGUGCGCGCCAUGACGAUAAUGUGUCCGUAGUGGCCACUAGCAUACAACACCAGCACUCACUGGAUCAAUCGGUAAGCACCUCCAUACGUCAGGUGGAGUCCUCGCAGUUCGAUGUGGACCUGGUGCUGGCCGAGCCCUUAGAGAAGAUACUUGAGCACAAGUCGGUGCGCGAGAAGCGCUUGGAGAUGGAGAAGAAGCUGGAGUCGCUGCGCAAGAAGCACGACAAGGAGAAGCUCAAGAUCGCUGGACAAAAGUCCAGUCCGCUCGAUGGCGGCAAGAAGCCCAAGUUCACCAUAACCAACAAGCUGGUGAAGCGUCUCAGCAACAAGAGCCUCGAGCCGGGCGUCGAAGUGCCCGCCUGCCCUCUAGACUUGGGUGACAGCAGCGAAGAGAGCGCAGGUGCAGCCGAGCUGGGCGAUGAGGCAGCCUCCAGCAGCCUGGAGGGCACACAGGAAUCGCGUCUGCGCUACGCUUGUCGGGAGUACACUUCGCAGUAUCGCGAACUGCAAGAGAAGUACCAUGAGGCCAUCUACUCGGCGGCGGAGAAGGUGCUCAAGAACUCCCAAGCAAGUCAAACCAAACAGUUGAAGGCAUCGCUGGACAAGGUCACCGGCGAGGUCAUGCAUCAGCUGCAGGAGGCGCGACGCAACGAGGUCAAGAAUCUGGCCACGGUGCAUCGAGAUCGCGAUGAACUUGUCAGAAUGAAACGCGAGGUGGCCAGCUCAGUGGUGGAGCGCGGCGUGGCCGAGCGCGUGCGACUGAAGCAAACUUAUGAAAGGCGCACGGAUGAGCUACAAAAGCAACACGAUGCAGUGCGCAAUGCAUUGGCCGAUCAUCGCAAUAGAGCACGUCAAAUACUCGACAAGGAUGCAGAAUCUCGCAGCUGUGUCUCGAACAAUGGAUUUUUGGUGCUCUUCCAUGGACCGCAUCAUCAUGGCUGUGGUGGCGCCAGCGGCAAUGCCAGCGGCAAUAAUCUCACACUGAAUUUGGAUGGCGGCGCAGGUGGCGCCAUGGCCAUAUCGCCAGCCAGAUCGCACAAUAGCAUUACGGCCGCAGCGGCAACGGAAAUGAAAACGUAAAGGAAUGGAAUAUAGAAUGGAGUGCAGGCUAGUUCGCUUUUAACAGUUUUCAGUAUUCGUAGCCCUAUGAAAGUAACACAAACGUAAAUGAAGUAGUCAGUCCACUGAGGUGGCUUUUAGGCGAGAGACACAGCUCGAUUAGUUUUAGACACACCCAAUAACUACAAAACCUAACUGUAAUUGUAAACUAUAACUAUAACUGUAACUGUAAUUGAGUAGAGAGAAAAAAGCGUUGAAGCGGUUUUUCUUACUGAACGUAGUUUGUACUUUAAGCUAUCUCCCCAGCUAUCUCACUAUCCAACUCCAACUCUCUCACGCAUGUAAAUGUGUCCACGUAGUCUAAAUGUAGAACAGUCGUUGUAUGUGUAUGUAACGGUCUAUACUUCUAUCUAUCUAUAUCUAUAUCUAUCUACUAUAUGUAUGUGUAUAAAAUUGAGAAAAACCAAAAAACAAACCUUAUGGUUUCUUCCUAUACGAGAACUUCGCUGAAACUCUGAGUGUCUAACCUCUAACUUAAGUCUAAACUAUAUAAUUAAUUUAUUUCAAAACUGAAAACUGAACGAACAAAUGCAAACAGAGCGAAGAGCAGAGAAGUUUCAACUUAGACAAGUGGAGAGCGAGAGAGCGAACUCUCCACAUUUUUUGUGCUUCGUUUUCUAACUUGUUAAAUGUGGUUGUGUGUAUUACAUUUUUUUAUAACAAUUUACUUUUACGAAUCAAUUAUUUAUAUAUUUAAAUAUUUAUGUUAAUGGCGCUCGCACAAUUUACAUUUAUGAAACGAAUCUCACGUCUAAUUGUAGAGAUAGUAUAUUGAAAGAAUGAGGAAGCAGCACACUUUCGGGCCAACAGUUAGUCAAAUUCCUUUAGUUGGCCUGCAACUAAACUAAACUUAACUAAACUAUUUAUUUAUGCUUUGUUUUUAGU